AUGGCGGAUUACGGAUUCGAGCAAGACCAGACCGAUAAACCUCCAGUCCACCCCAAAAAGCGGAUUAGGAGGGGCAUGUCCGUAUGUUGGAUCUAUUUUUGUGAAAGCCUUGAUAAUAUCAACUUCUGCUACCAAUACCCUCCGCCUAAACCGGUUACUACCUCUAGUUGGAAGCCAUAUCAAGUCCCCUCAGCUUCAGCGCACAUUCCACAUCGAACUUGCCUCCUUCCAUCUAAUCCAGGCUUCUCGAAGGCAAGCGCUCCACCAGAGACCACCCAGAGUCCGAGCAUCUCACCUAGUGGAAAUACGAUGGGGAUCCGCAAUGAAUUUGACAUCGGGAUAGAAGCUUCCGCGUCAGAGCCGGCAGAAAUCCAGACAAGCGAUGGCGAUAGCCGCAAAACAGCUCUUUAUGAAAAGGUUACUCUGGAGGAUAUCUCGCAGGAGCAGUCGGAGGAGCAGGCGUCCCUCUUAAUGCAGCCUGCCAUGUCUUCCGACUCCAGACUGGAUACAAUUGAGCAGGAAGUUCCAGUCUUGUCAAGGGCUAGAACUCUGGGCUCGCCUGAAGAAAGUAUCCAGGUUUCACGGAUUUCACGCCAAACCACUGCACGAUCGACGCCGGAAAUUUAUGACGAUCUAUGUGCGCGUAUCUCUCGGUCGUCCUCGAUAGGUGUCCUGGAGCAUACGCGCAAACUGGGAAGAGAACCUCGAACUGGAAAUUCCCACAUUGAAGGGAGCACCGUGGGAGCCUCUCGGGGCCAGGAAGCCACAAGCUAUGGGGCCAAUGAUGCAGGGAAUAAAGCAAAUUGCACGGAGAGCCUCAGAUACGGACUCGUUGUGUCCGAAGACCAAAGCGCAGUUACAGGCGGGAAAGAUGAUAGGGGGGGCGCGGCCUCCGGUUCUAAGAGACCACCCAUCAGACAAAGUUGCCGUGUCCGCUGUCAUCCGCAGACGAAUAUCAGAGAGCCGAAGCGGAUCAGAUUGGUUUCCGAGAACUCACCAAUCCAUUAUGAGAGCGAAGGUUAUCCGACAUUGACAUCCAGACCCAUUGGCGAAUCAAACGAACGCCUGGGGAAGAGAUGUGGGCAUUUGCCCCAAGUUGAGGCAACAGCAGGAUGUACUUCGGUGUUGGCCGAUGACACCACGGGAGAACAUUCAAAUUCACUCCAGAGGCCGCUGGACGGCAGCUUUCCGUCCACCACUGGUGAAGCCCAGGAGGUUUUUGGCCGAGGAAUUUUGCGUAUCCAACCCCACGGACCUCGGAAUGCGUAUGUCAUCACUUUUCUGCCGGAUGUCGUUCAACCGGCCUCUACGCCAUCGACGUCCGAGAUAUCUUGGGAGAAGCCGCCCCACUUAACUAACCGUGGACGGGCAAAUCCGUUAAGUGCCCCCGUGGCAGACAGUGUGCCAGGUGCACAAAAGGACCUUCCCAUCGACCCUUUGAUUCUCGCCGAUGAUGGGCCUUGGGAGGCGGGAGAUCUAGAUCAGCCCUUCUCCCUGAGCGACGAUCCUAAGCCUUCGGAGACGGUAUGUCCAUAUCCAGACCCUCCACCUCUUUUCUCCAGUGCACUUGGCCAGCGAGACUCUGUCGUGAUAGGGCAGGGCAAAGAGGCUCAAUUUAUCAGCUCGCCUCACGACCGUCGCAGCGUUGCGGCCUGCAAUCGUGCCCCCGGCAACCCUCUGAGUCUCACCCACCGUGGUAAACAGUCUAAACCCCGCAAGCGAAAGCUGCGCCGACCGGAUGGACCACCGCCCAAACGGGUUCGAGGCUCUGAUACGUCCACCGCAGAGGGGAAUUCGUUUGCGGCGCUCCAUACUCACUUCCUGUCCCUGCCGCUUGACAAGCGUUUGCAAUUCCUCCCUUGGUUGUUGGAGGGUGCCCUGCCAUAUCACAUGCCUAGGCCUGAUCUGCUGACAACUGGGAACGGAGAUGCGUGGCCAGCAAGUCCCCUGACCCAACGGUCCGAUAGUAGCGAGCCUCAUGGCAGCUCGAGAAAGGGCCUGCCUUGGUCAUCUGAAGAAAUAGGGCUCUUACUAAGGUAA